CACGAGGAAAAAGAUACCAUGGAAUAUUCUUUUCCAUGGUAAACUAGAUAGAAACUCACUAAUAUGAUUAAUGAUAUCAUAUCACAUUCCCAUUAAUCUUAACCAACGACACAUCCUCACAAACAUUCUCACUUUUGGCCAUGUUCUUGUGCAGCAAAAAUGGUCUGAUGGAGGGGUUUUGGAGAGCGUCUUGUUGGCCUCUCUGAGUUUCCGUACUUCAAAAUCUGUUCUUGUUUUCUCGGCAAACAUAGAAAAAAGUUCACAGCUUUAUCCCUGUUUUACUUUUUCCUUUUGCGUUCUGUGUGUUUAUUUUGAGACGGGCAGGUAAAAAAUUUGCCGGAAAAGUUCGUGCAAAAAGGGCAACCGACGGCCGAGAAAGGGGGAGAUGUUGUUUGCUUGGAGUUUCUUUUUGUGGGCUUGGUUUUCUAUCAGAAGAUUUUAAAGAUGUGAUCUUUUUUGUUGGUGGAGGUGUAAUCUUUCACUAGCAGCUCAAAUCUGGUCAUAACUCUCAGUCUGAAUGUAAAUCCACAGUUGCAAUCAUCUGUGACUCGAUCUAUAUACUUAUUCAAAGCAAAAGCGGCUCUCGGUGGCACUCAAGAACUUCAAGCAACAAUUUAUCUCCCUUUUUCGACACUGAUUGAAGCUAAUCAUACUUUAGCUGCAUUUAUGGGCAACUCUCCUUUGGCAAUUCACUUAUGAAGAAUUAAAAAACCUUUCUUCAAGCCAUUUAGCUAUAUUGUUAUAGAUAUGUUACUGAAAUACUGUGGGUAAAUCUCUUCUAGCUAGAACACUUUUUUUACAUCCUUUAGUUGGUUUUUGCUUGAACUCGGUUACUUCACAAUCCUUCACUUCUGUUCUUGGGCAAAUCUCCUUUGGCAUUUUAGUCAUCCCUUUAUUGGGCAAAUCUCCUUUGGCAAAAUUUGGGGUCUCUCGACUCCAUUUAUCCCUCUUUAUUUGGGCAAAUCUCCUUUGGCAUAGUUUCUCCAUCUCUGGAGAUACUCAUAUCAUUAUAUAUAUAAAUAAAAUAUCAUACUUCGUCUGGCCGAGGCUAUAUAACUGGAGCUCGAUUCAUUUACAAGUCAGUCGUAUUCAGAAGAAUUCUUCGAUUUACUCCAAAGAUUCAGCCUUUUAUGGACUCGUUACUCAGUGAUUUCGACAGUUACAGCGAGAGCAGCAGCUCGGAUGAUCAAGAGGACAUCGAGUCUCUGUACAGCGGCCGGGCCCACACCAUUUUCUCGAGCCUCGAGCAAACCAUCGAGAAAAUCGACGAUUUCCUCAUUUUCGAGAGAAGCUUCUCUCACGGGGACAUAGUUCGUCUAGUCUCCGACCCGUUAGGCCAAAUGGGCAAAAUAGUCAACGUCGAAAUGAAAGUCGACUUGGAAAACUUGUAUGGAUCAAUCAAGACGGAAAACGUGAACUCCAAAUCGAUUCGGAAAAUACGUUCCGUCUCAGUCGGAGAUCACGUCGUGCAUGGGCCGUGGCUCGGGAGAGUCGAAAAAGUCAUUGACCGUUUGACCGUCAUCUUCGACGACGAUGGUCAAACGUGUGAAUUAUCCGCAAAAGGGCCCGAGAAAAUUAUUACGGCUACAUAUUCACCGGAUGAUGAUCUACUUGAGGACCCGAAUUUACCAUUUUACCCCGGCCAACGAGUUCGGGUCGAGUCGCCCGGGAUGUCGACUCGGUGGUGUGGUGGUAUCAGAAAAGACGAGAAAAACAAGCAUGGCACGGUUUGCAGCGUGGACGCUGGGCUCGUGCAUGUCGACUGGCUCGUCAGCUGCAUGGGCCCGAAAGUGGGCCCGGGCCCGCCACAGGGCCCGAUGGACUCGAGGGAUUUAUCUGUGGUGCCGUGUUUUCUCCCGCAUGCGAACUGGCAGCUCGGGGAUUGGUGUGUUCACGAUGAUCGGCUGAAGAAAGGCCGUGGGCCCCACGGAGAAGAAGAAGAACCUAGUUUUUCGCAAGUGGCUGUUGUGGUUAAGACAAGGACUAGGAUUGAUGUCCGGUGGCAGGACGGGAGCGAAUCUUGCUUGUUGGAUUUGGAUUUGGUUUUUCCAGUGAAUGUUUUGGAUGCACAUGAUUUUUGGCCCGAUUCAUUUGUGCGGGAAGAGGGGAUGACUGACGAUGUUUAUCGGGCUUCAGGUUUUGAGAAGUGGGGUGUUGUAAAGAGUGUGGACUCGAAAGAACGAAUGGUGAAGGUCAAAUGGGUCGAACUUGAAUCAUCCUCUCUCGAUUCUGAGCAAGAAGAAGAGGAGAUGAUUGUGAGUGCUUAUGAGCUGGUCGAGCACUCGGACUACACGUUCGGGCUUGGGGAAGUUGUUUUUAGGAUUAUUGAUAAGAAAAACAUGGAAAAUAGUGAAAGUCUGACUGAGGGUAUUAUCGGUAACAAAUUCUUGACUUGUUUCGGGACUGUGGUCGGGUUUGAAAAUGGGUGUGUUGAAGUGAAAUGGGGCACUGGGGCUAUAAGUAAGGUUUUUCCAUAUGAGAUCUUUAGAGUCGAAAAAGGCGAAACCGAGCUCAAUAAUGAGAAUGUUGAACCGCCAAAUGAGGAACUUUCUCUGAAGGCCCAGUUUGCAGGCCAAGGCCUAAAGGAUUUGGAUGAUAACCCGGAAAACGCGGGCUCGAACACUAUUUCUCGAGCUGCUAUAGAGAUUUUCAACAGUAUCACGUCAAGCUUGUUGGGGUCGAUUGGCAUGUUAUCUCUGAUUGGUGGAUAUAAAUAUGCAUCACAAAGUGAGAACAGUAACAAAACAAACCCUGAUGAUGAAGAAGAAGAAGAAGAAGACAAUUUAGACAUGCAUGAAAAGACAAUUUCAUUACACAUCAAAGAAGCUAACGAGGAUUUUAUGUUCUUGUCUAGCAGCAGGCAUCACGAGCCAUUUAAAAAGUUUGAUAUGGUUAAUGAUCCCUCAAAUCACCACUUUGUUAAUGAAAACGGGUCUCCUCAGGUGAAAAAAGAGUGGCUGAGGAAGGUUCACCAAGAAUGGAGCAUUUUGGAGAAGGAUCUUCCCGAAACUAUUUACGUGCGCGUCUAUGAAGAAAGAAUGGAUUUGCUUCGAGCUGCAAUUGUAGGCACUGAUGGGACUCCGUAUCACGACGGGUUGUUCUUUUUCGAUAUUUAUCUUCCUCCACAAUAUCCCAAUGAACCCCCGAUUGUGCACUACAACUCAGGUGGACUUCGUAUUAAUCCUAAUUUGUACGAAUCGGGAAAAAUCUGCCUCAGCUUACUGAACACUUGGAAAGGAUCUCAAAGUGAAGCUUGGAACCCAAAUUCAUCUACAAUACUUCAAAUCCUCCUUUCUAUUCAAGCUCUCGUGCUUAAUGAAAAGCCUUACUUUAACGAGGCCGGUUAUGAUUCUCAAGUUGGUAAAGUCGAGGGAGAAAAGAACUCUGUUAGUUACAAUGAAAAUGCCUUUCUUGUAAGCUGCAGGUCCAUGCUAUACUUACUACGCAACCCACCUAAGCAUUUUGAGGCACUCGUGCACGAGCAUUUUAGCCAGCGUAGCAAAAGCAUUUUACUUGCAUGCAAAGCAUACAUGGAAGGAGCUUCUAUAGGUUAUUACACGCUCGAUUACGAAAAAACCGAACAAGAAAUUCAGAAAGGAAGCUCGACUGGUUUCAAGAUCAUGCUGGCCAAGCUCUAUUCUAAACUGGUCGAGGCCUUAUCUGAUAAGGGAUUUCAGUGCAACAGUUUUUCGGGCCAGGUACCGUAAAAAAUAGGCCUCUGUAUGGAGAAAUUGGUUUGCUGUUUGAUUUAUGUGAGAUGUGCAUGAAUAAGUUGAAAAAUACAGAUGCUUAAAAGGACAUCAAAUAAAUAUGUUUGUAGUUUUUGUGUGUAUUUGCUGAUUGUAAUAUAUUGUGGAUUUUGGAUAAAUAUAUGAAAUAAUAAGAUUGUGUACAAUACAUGGGAAAUUGGGAAUCACCAUAUUUCCUCAUACAAUCAAUGUCACGCAAAACGAAUACUAAAACUCAACUGGAGAAAAACCGAACAGGUCGAAAAUGAGCUGCUCGAAUGAAAACGAAAGGCGAUCGAAAAAGAGAGAGAUAAAAAAAGAAAGGUAAAAUAUCAUAUUGCUCUCAUAUGUUUUCUAUUCUGAUAUAUAAUAUUAAUGUAUUUGCAGUAGAAAAAUUAAUUCUUGAGAGUGAAAAGAUUGAUGACAUUGUGAAGUGAGUAUAGAAGUAUGAGGAAAUAAAUUAUUGCAGCCACAAAACCAGCAAUCAAAGCUCCUGUGACAUGGUCACAAAACUUAGGAACUUGUCCACAAAUUGGCAGCCAACCUGCAUAACUGUUGCCUUUUUUCCCCACUUGCCCUAUUGCUAUACAUGAAGAUAUGCUUGAAUCCAGAAGCAAUGUCAUAAUCUACAAGCAUUCAGACAAGAAAAAAAGGGAAAAAGCUUAAGCAUAUUAUUAUAGAAUACAAAAUGCCUUUUAGAAAAGGUAUAUAUGAAUUAUGAUAUUACUUGGUCCGAUUUUGAAAUAGUAUGUCACUUUGUCGUAAAAAGCGGAUGCAUAUUAGCGCAGAAGAAAGGCUAAAUUGCAUUUUUA